AUGGCUGUUAUUGACCAGGUCCUUGGCGAAGUUGCCCACAUUGUCGUGAGAGCUGCGACAACCACCACACAAUCCGCGACGGCCACGUCGUCAGACGUCACCAGCCCGCAGACGGCCAUUCCCUCCAACACGAACAGCUCCAACAACAACAACAAGAGCAGCGGCUCCAGCUCGCCGCUUCUCUUCUUCGUUGCCUUGGGCUUUGGCGUAGUCUUCACAAACCUCUGGAUCAUCGUUGGCGUCAAGUACUGCUUUAGGUACAACGCUCGCAACCGGGCUCGAAACAUGACCAACGAAGAUGGCGAACCCAUCCACAUGGAAAACAUGCCUCGACCUCACCGAAGAAGGCGUGAGAAGAAGCUCAUGACCAUGGACGAGGUCAACGACAAGUUCCCCAUGAUGAAGUACAAGACUUGGGUCUCGGAGCGCGCUCGGGAUGGACUGCCUACUGCCGGAGGUGUUGGCACGCCUAGUCGACCGAACAGCAUUCAUCAGGUAGACCUUGCGGUCCCAGAGAUUGCCAAGAAGGAGCGCACGUCAACCGAGGUCCGCGCAAUCGACGAUGUCGCGUCACCGGUUGCAUCGCCGACCACCGAAGCCGAGCCCGUUAUUAUUGAAACCACUGUCAAGGGAGACGACAACAAGGCUAAGAAAGAUAAGAAAGACGCCACCACCACCGUCGGCGAAACCUCUGAGGAGGACGGACCCGUGAUGCCGCAUGACCCCUUGAAGCGGACUUCUAGCGAGGAGGAAGAUGACGAAGACGACGAGGAGGACGAUGAGCACAUCACAGCUGCCCUGCCCCCGGAACUUCUCAACACCUCCGGCGAUACCUGCGCCAUCUGCAUCGACACCCUCGAGGACGACGACGACGUCCGCGGCUUGACAUGCGGUCACACCUUCCAUGCCGUCUGCGUCGAUCCCUGGCUGACAAGCCGUCGCGCAUGCUGCCCGCUGUGCAAGGCCGAUUACUACGUCCCGAAGCCUAGACCCAACCCAGAGACCGAGCCUAAUGCCGCCAACAAUGCCAACCUGGACCCGCACCAGAACUCUCGCAUGAACUUGCCUGCCAGCCUGACUGCGGCCUUCUUCCGAACCUCGGGUGGCCGCUCUCGCAACAGCCGCAACAGCAACCGCAGCAGUAACCGCAAUGGCAACAGCAACAAUAGCCGUAGCAACAACAACAACUCGAGCACCCGGCCUUCCAUGUUCCAGUUCCCAACGCGGAGAAGGGCUCAGACUACGGCGAUAGAGUCUAGAAUAGCACACCAACAGAGCCAGACUACUGAGACCGCUCAGCCAGCUGCCCAGGGCACAUUACUUGCCUCUGUUCGACACGCUUUCCGCUUCGGACGGUCGACCGAGGCACCCUCGACAAGUGCGGCACCGGCAGUGACUCCGUCGCAGCUUGAGGCAGGCACGCAACCGCCAGCCACCUCUACAUAA